UUAUGUGAACGUUUUAAUAUCAUUCAAUAGCUCAUUCGCAAUCACUAUCGACUAAAUUAUUUUUACUUUAACAUAAAAUAUUAUUGAUACAUUUUCGUCAAUAAGUGUUAUUGUUUUUCUUAAUCGAUUGUUAAAUUUUAUUUUUUACAGUUUACAUUAACUUUUAGUAACUGACAAGACCACGGGAUAUGCUUGUCGACGAAUCUAGACAUCAACAUUAUACAAAUCAUAUUAAGUUCCAGAGCUUAACGAAUUUACCAUGUGGUCUGGAAACAAACAACAAUAUUGCACCUGGUACGUGUGUGGACGAGGAAGACGUUAGUGGAGAUGAUGAUGAACACAUACGAGGGUUCUUGGAAUAUGAAAAAUAUACAACUGAAAAUUUCGAUUCUAAUUAUUAUUUAAAGAUCGAUCAAGAGAGUAAAGUUAGCAAUUAUGGAAGCUCAAUCGGUGAAAAUAAGAUUAGGAUUGAAUAUCCUCCAAAAUUUCGAAAUGCCCGUAGCAUGUCACUCACAAUGGAAAGAAAUGCUUUUUGUGAAAUUUGUCGCAUAUCCCGCAGUCCAGUUCCCUUUGACUUGGGAUCUGCAGGUGGAUGCGGUGGCGACGGCCUUGCCAAUUUGGACGAUGAAAAGAACGUCACUCGGUACUUUGGAUUCACAAUCAAACAGUACAUGGCGCUUUUUUCUCUCGCUUUGGUUGACUUCCUUGGAUUUUGUUCCAUGUCCGUUUUGGCCCCUACUUUUCCAAAACAGGCUGAAAACAAAGGUAUGACAGUAACAGAAGCUGGUUUUGUGUUUAGUUUCUUUGCUCUAGUCAUGGUUCUUUUGUCUCCUGCAAUGGGAUCACUUAUGCCAAUAUUUGGUACCAAAUGUUUAUUUAUAUCCGGAGUUUUUAUAUCGGGUGUGUGCAAUGCAUUAUUCGGAUUUUUACCGAUGAUUGAAGACAACUUUCAAUUCAAGAUUCUAUGUUUUGUAGUUCGUGGAUUGGAAGCUAUCGGCGCCAGUGCUUUUUCAACAUCGAGUUUUGUAUACGUAAUACAACUUUUUCCAGAUAAUGUCAGUAGUGUUUUAGGUAUACUAGAAACUUUUGUUGGUUUGGGAAUGAGUGUAGGACCUGCUAUAGGUGGAUUACUAUCUUCGCUUGGAGGAUAUGCUAUGCCAUUUUAUGUUGUAGGAUUUUUAAUGAUAGCAACAGUUCCUCUACAUGUAUAUUUGAUGCCCCCUAUUAAAGAUGGGGCUAAAGCCUCUCAUGCAGUAGGCAGUAGAUCAAAAGGUAUUGUUAAAUUACUUUUAAUACCUUCAGCAUUUGUAGUCGGUGCUAUAAUAACAGUCACGUCAAACUUUUGGGCAUCUCUUGAUCCUACAUUAGAGCCGCAUUUAAGAGAGAUGGGAUUAUCUACUGACGAAGUUGGACUCGUGUUCCUAUUCUGUUCUAUAUUAUAUGGUGUAUCUAGCCCUUGUUGGGGUUAUUUAGCUGACAAAUACAACAACCACUGGUCAAUGAUGGCUGUUGGAUUAAUAGCGUCUGCUGUUGGAUUAUUUAUAUUAGCUCCUUUGCCAUGGUUACCAGUGCGUGAUGAUGUUCUUUGGAUGAACUUAGUUGGCCUUGGAAUUCUAGGUAUAUCGGCAUCUUUGACAAUGAUGCCAGCAUUCAAUUUCGUAUUAUCAGGAGCAAUUGAGAAUGGAUUUCAAGAGAGUAUUUCAACAUUUGGUACCGUUGCUGGAUUUUGGUCAUCGGCUUAUUCGCUUGGAGAUAUGACGGGACCAUCGUUGGGAGGAAUAUUACUAGAAAAUUUUGGAUUUUCAAUAUGCAUGACAACCAUGGGCUUUAUUUGUUUAAUAGUAGGAAUAAUGGCAAUUAUGUUUUUUGGCAAAAAAAAAAAAAAAAAACGUCCGCGCACCAUCUCGGAUAAGAGCCCACUGAACGACCCUCGCAAUGUACAGCCCAGAUAUAAUUCAUUGAACGACGAUCGUGGAGGAUCGAUGAUUAAUUGUAAUUUUGCAUGUAAAACCGAGACCACCGAAGUGUGAAUAAAAUCUGUAGGUGCUCAUGACAUAAAGUCAGAAAGUACCUAUUCUAAUCUUUACUAUCUUAUUAUACCCCCACUAUACACGUACAUUAUCUAAAUUCUCCAAAAACAUUUUUUUAAUUCAAGUACAUAUAAGGAGUUACAAACAUUUGCAUAACAUAAAUAUUCUAUCAUAUUGUUUUUUAUUGUGAGUCAUAAUAUUAUCAGAUAAAAGUUCGAAAAUGUAAACAUAUUGAAAAACCCCUCAAAAAUAAUUAGAUAACAUUCAGUUCAAAAUCUAUUUUUCACUUAAAUAAUUGCGUAGUUAUAAAAUUUAAUUCAACUUAACUAAAUCGACCAUUUUAAUCAUUUUUACGCCUUUAUUUUAUUUUCACUUUAUGAUCAUUUUUAUUAUCUCAUUUUUAUUCUAAACCAAAUGGUUUAAUUUUAAGUUAAAUAUUUUUACAUACAUUUUAGUUAGAUUUGACAGAGUAGAUGUAUAGUCAUCAUCAAUUUUU